CCGCGCCGGCCCCUCUGCCCCCCGCCCCGUCGCUGUGCCCCCAGCGCGGGCGCCGGCCCGGCGGGGGCUGCUCCUCGGCCCCCGCGUGGGUGUGCGGGCGUGUGCGUGUCCCCCCCCCCGCCCCGCGGGAGCUGCCCGCCGCCCGGCGCCGGCGAUGGCGCUGCUGACAGCUUCCGUGCGCAUCUGAGGCGGCAGGGGCGAGCCCGCGGCCGAGCGAGGAGAAAUGAGCCACUUCCAGCCCUGGGUCAUGUUCCUGCUCUCCCUGCUGCUGGAGUGUACAGAGGCCAAAAAACAUUGCUGGUACUUUGAAGGAUUAUAUCCUACAUAUUAUAUAUGUCGUUCCUAUGAGGAUUGCUGUGGUUCAAGAUGCUGUGUAAGAGCUCUCUCUAUCCAGCGACUAUGGUAUUUUUGGUUCCUUUUGAUGAUGGGAGUUUUGUUCUGUUGUGGAGCUGGCUUCUUCAUCCGAAGGCGGAUGUACCCUCCUCCACUGGUAGAAGAACCUACGUUUAACGUAUCUUACACCAGACAACCAGUCAACACUGCAUCAGGGUCACAACAACCUGGGGUGCCGUAUUACACAGAUCCAGGUGGACCUGUGAUGAAUCCCAUGGCUAUGGCUUUCCACGUCCAGCCCAAUUCCCCCCAAGGGAACCCAGUUUAUCCGCCUCCACCUUCCUACUCCAACACGCCACCUCCCCCCUACGAGCAGGUGGUGAAAUCCUCCACGUGAGGACUCUGUGGCUCUUGAACCUGACUGUAUGAGAAGAAGGUGCCAUUGCAAAAUGACAGAUGGAGGGCGUCUGCCCUUCUGAACACUUGCUAAUUCUCUAAAUCCUCUCUCCUUCCCUUCCCUGCACCUUUCCUCAUUAAAGUUACUUGCAAAGGGGUGAUUUUAAUAUUUUUUUUUGAUUUUGCAGUAGAAGUGGAUUUUUUCUUUUGUCUUCAAAAUGAGAAAAGUCGUCUUUGUAAUGCUUUUAAUGGAAACCUAUAUUUAAAACCUG